CAAGACAAAAACACAAAUAAAUCUUGAUAAUAUCCCACUUAAAGAUAAGAGGGAACUCUCCUCAAACCUACAAAACAUUAAACAUGGCUAGCGAUAGUGAACCCAUAUUCAAAACUCCAGAAUCUGAAGCUUUGUCUCCUGAAAGAGAUGGAUAUGAAGAUAACAAGGAGAUACUAAUGAAGAAGCUUGCAGAGAUGCCUAUAGAUAAGCUCAAAUCAAUUAUAACGAACCAAAUAGAUCUUGAAAUCAGACUUAAACAUAAGGAGCUUGCCCUCACUGAAGAAGAAAUAGGAAAAUGUGAAUCGCAGAUGAUAACAUUACGUAAAUUCUUUAAGAUUCCAUCAAACGUUAACUUUGAUAAUGAACCAAAUGGAUUUACUCAUAAAUAUUCAGCACUUUUGAAUAAAGCAUUAUCAGUGAAUUAUGAAAACGUAUCUAAAUUAUCAGUGUCAGGGUAUUCACUGGGUCCAUCAUCGUCACAUGGUUCCAUAUCCUAUAACACUGAAGAUAUGAACUUACCAACCCAUUCAUACCGUACUCGAUCGACCACAUCAUCAUUAAGACCUAGUAGUUCACAAUCAUCACGCAAAGGUACUAUGGGAUGUUUGUAUAGAAGAACUGAUGGAAUCAUUGUCAAACUCACAUGUCCUAAUUGUCUUCGUAGCAAUUUUUCAUCUGCUCAAGGGUUCUUAAAUCAUAGUAGAAUUGCACAUUCUAAAGAGUAUACUUCACAAGAUGCAGCAGCUUUAACAUGUGGUGAAAUCUUACCAGAAGAAGAACAAGAUGAAGAAGGAUUAACCAGUUUACAAAACCUCAAAUUAAAGAAUUUGGAUGCAAAUAAACAUUUAAAUGUUAAUGAAAUAUAUUUCAAUGGAUUAAGUACCUCAUUAAGUGGUGGACAUAACGAUGGUGUUGAAAAAUGUACAUUUGAUGUCGGGACAUUAGGAGUAUCACCUGACGAAAAAUUUGAUAGUAUAGAACCAAUUGAAAUUGAACAAGAUGUUAAAUCAGAACAAAUGGAUGGCCAAAAAGAUCAACUCCCCAAACCAGAAAAUGGUAGACAUAAUCAUUUAAUGAAAAAGUUAAUGGAAAAGGGAAUAACGAAUACAAAAGAUGAGUAUGACACACUUAUUAAUGAGACUAUGAGUGAAGUUAAGAAUUCACACCUUUUCGCUGGAGAGGAGGAAGAAAUUACUGACGAAGUUAUAAAUGAAGAAAAGAAAUCCACCGUGGAAGAAACUUAUGAAUACGAUAAUCAACGACAACGACGUAAAAGUCGUAGUGGAGUAGGUAUAUCUAAACCAGGAAAGUUUUCAAAAAAGAAUAAUAAAAACUCUACGGUUUUACCAAAAUUGAAACUCAAAUUGAAACGUGUAUAACUUUUUAUAAUCAGGUAUUAUAGGUGUUAUAUAUAUAUAGAUUGAUAGAUCAAAUGAACAAAAAAAAAGGGCAC